AUCAAGUCUGCAAAGAGAAAAACAAACUGCAGAACAUUUCUUUUUUGGUCGUUGAGGCACAUGUGUUUGACAGCUGACUAAUUUUUUAAUGUUUUGCGCAGUUUUGCUUUGUCCGUCCAAUCUUUUCCAGGUCUGUUUUCGCUGCAGAACCAACCUUCAAUAAACCCUCAACCCACAAUGUCCGACCCAAGGUUACGCCAGCUGACCAUCAAAACGGGCGUCGUGAAGCGUCUGUCGAAGGAAAAGACCGUGUACGAGAAGGAGGUGGACACCCAGCGGAACCGGAUCGACAAACUGAAGGCGGCCGGCUCGGAUGACCACGUUCUGCGCAAGCAGGAGGAGGUUCUGCAGGAGUGCAUGAUGAUGGUGCCGGAUUGCCAGCGGAGAUUGGCGAAGGCAUUCGAGGAACUCACUGAAAUGAUCAAAUCCGAAGAAGAGCUGAAGGAGACCAGCCAGUAUAUUGCAGCAGAGGCCGCCCUGGAGGACGCCAAAGUCAAUCUUCCCUAAAAAGCUACCGAGAUUUCACU